AUGGCUGUAAUGGUGAGGUGUUGCCUACUCUGUUUAUUAACUCUUGCACUCUGUUGUGCUUCUGGGUUAGUAUGGGCUGAUAGUCCUAAAGUUUCUGAUGCCCUAAUUAAACCUACUACGGGUGGUGUUCCCCCUCUUGUUCGUCGUGCUAUUCCUUCUUCUGGAUUUCCUGGCAAGGCUGAAGAAGCUGUUAAUAUGAAGAAAGCGCAGAAGGAAGAGUUGAUGGAAAACCCUGAAGAACAGGAGGAUGAAGUUGAAGAGAAUGUUGAUGAACCUCGUGUUCCUGGUACUGGUGGUUCUUGUCCUUCAGGUUCUGAUAGUAAUUGUCCAUCUGGUCAUUCUUCUGGUGGUAAUGGUGGUGGUCAUAUUUCAGCUUUUGAUUCUCUCUCUGAAAAUGGGGUUCGUGGUGCUGGCAUCGCUCCUGGUGUUCAACCCCAACAACUUCCUUUACCUCCUACCCUUCCUCAUCAGCAACCUGCGCCUGGUGCCACUUGCACUCCGACUUCUCCUGAUCCUGCUUGUUCACCUACAAGAGAGGAACUCACUGCAACUAACUUAAGAGUAUCUAUUCCUGAAAAGCCUGGACAUGGUGCUCUUGUUGAUGCUCCUUCUAAUAAAGAUAGUCAUCUUGCUGCUGAUGCGACUGGUGCUCAAGUUACAUUAGGUGAAGCUGCUCCUGGAAUUGGUUCUGGUUCUGGUACUGAUGAUACCUCUUCUUCUUCUAAUCAUUCUACUGCAUCUCCUCCACCUGCUGCUUCUGUUCCUGCUGGUGACCCUCAACCUGGAAACAGCGACAACCAUGCAUCCACUGCAGCAGAUAACCAGGGAAGUGCGGGAACACGGCCUUCUUCUUCUACCACCAGCAGUUCAGAGACAGUGUGUUCCGGUAGUUCUGAAGCCACAAUAGUUGGGAAUGGCACUUCAUCUGCAGUGAGUGGGUCAACAAGUACCCAAGGAGGAAAUGUGGUAAAUACAGAUACAACCACCACCACAACAACAACACUUCCUCCUGAACUCACAAACAACAAGAAGGGUGAUGCAGACAGCAGCAGCAGUAUCAGCAGUUCUGUGUGGGUGCGUGUGCCACUACUGAUUGUGGUUACACUGGCCUGUAUUCUUGUGUGCUGA